GAUGAUCUGACACAGUGGAUAGUCUGGACAUCCGUAGCUGAUACCUCGAUCCGAAGAGCAACCCUCUUGGCGACUCAUACGGUCACGGUCACUCAACCCUGACAUCUUGAUCAGCUUCAAAUAGACUAAACCAGUUGAGAGUCACAGUCAAGAGCCGCUGGGAUUUUGCGUCCUUGUGACUAUGACAGCUCUGUCCACUAGUCAGAUCACGACCGCCAGCAGUUCACCGGGUGCUUCAUCCAAUUCGACGCUCCCCUCCACUCGAGCAUCCGCCGGUCCUUCACUCCCUCGUCAUCAAAUUGAAAAGGCCCGCUCGCGUACCAAACGAUCGGUCACCAGCCAAACAGCCUCGUCCAUCGACCCAUCCUCCUCUCUUCCCUCUGAUCCUCCCGCACAAGCCUCCAAAGAAGCAUUCGCGGUCAACGCAUUCAAGUCAGAUCAAUCGAAACAACAACUUGUCGAAGCACUUCGAUCAUACGAACUUGAUCAAGCUCUUCGUAGUAUCUGUGACAACAUUUCACUGGUCAAUGAAGACGGUAGGAUGGUCAAGUUGACUCUGGUCGAUCCUGUCAAGUGGGCGAAGGAGCGAGCGGAGGAAGAGAAGAUCGUAACGAAGCAGACGGCGAGUAUUGGAGAGAUUCGCGAUGUAGCUGAGGCGGACGAAGUGGAGAACAAUCUCGGAGGAGAAGAGACUUCCAGCGGGACCGCGGUAAAGGUCGAUCACGGUCAAGCUCCUUCGACGAGUGAUUCGUUAUCUACAGAUGGUGCCGGCGGAAUCAACCAUGUCGUCGGGGACGAUGUCGAUCGACUUCUAGCUGAACAAGAGGCGAAACGCCAGAAGAAGAGAGGGAAGAGGAUCAGGCAACUUCAACGUAAGAGAAGUAUGAUGCUGGACGCAUCUGCCCUGGAAGGUGAAGUUCACGAAGAACGGCCUGAGGUUGAUCAGGUUGAGUCCUCGAAUCGUGAGGAUCUGGACACCGGAUCAUCUGCAACCGUUUUCAUCGAGGCACCCUUGGCCGAUGUUGCAGGUCCAGAACAGGAGUCAGAAAUCAAGUCACAGACUGCCGCCGCAUGUUUUCUGGCCAGUGAAGAGCAUCAAGCAGCCACAACCAUUGCUGAGAAUACUGCGGAUCUGAGAGCGCAGGUCAUCUCCCAUGUAUCUGGGAUCAUCGAGCCUGUGUCGGAAGUCGACAGUGGGCAGCAGGGUCAACCGUCAUUGGGAACGCAUCCGGACAACUUCAUCACGGCUCUCAGACAAGAUGACUCAGACACUGCAGACACGACUCGUCGCUCUGAGCACAGCGACAGUCCUGGAUUCACCGAGGUCGUCAUCAGAUCAACGGAGAACCACAGCGAUAAGGGCAACACGUCAGCACGAAAAGGCGACGUUAGUGUCUCGAUUCCGGCUCCGCCCCCAACUCUCACGUCUACACUCCCCAACAUUCAUUCGCAGCCCGGCCCUUUCGUUCUCAAUGACGAUGCAUCCCCACCUCUGUCGGCAAAUAUCGCAGCGAGACCUCGACCAGAUGUCAGUCCUUCGCAUAUCGACCUGUUGCCAGUCCUCAUCCCUGAUGAAUUCGAGAGCACGUUCGCAGCUGUCAUCACGCAUGAUGCCGAGUCAUCUGAUCAGACGUCCACGCGCAGCCUAGCCUCUACAGAAGUUUCUUCGACCUUCCAACUUCCCGAAUCUGCCCCUAGAGCCAGCAGCGAUCUGCAAGUCGAAGUCUCUACAGAAUCUGGGUUCUCCGAACACUCUUUCGACCGUUCCGAUCGUCCGAUCCCAUUGCGAAAAGACACUCUUGAGUCUACAUCUGAUCUUGACGAGAUUGGGACGCCAAAACUCACAGGUCCAGAUCUAGCUGUCAUCUACGAAGCCGAAGAACCAGAGCCUUCACUUGUUCCUUCCAUCGUGGUCGAGCAAGAGUCACCACCUCACCCACUGCGUACAUCCAUCAUUGAGUCGGCCAUUGCUACCGCCCCGACCGAGAGUUUCCACCCCCUUGCAUCGUCUUGGACCCUUUUCUACUCUUCCACCGCGUCCGCUUCGUCCGCUUCGAUCAUUCCCUCCCGGGCCAAAGUGAAAGGCGCAGCGGAAUACUCUCACGGUCUAUUCGACCUCUUCUCGUACUCCAACCUUGAAGAUCUAUUUGGAGCUUGGAAGGCUCUCAGACGACGUAUCGCGAUGAUCAAGCAGAGACCUAUCGAGGACGAAGGUAGAGGCGUCACGAAAGGUUUGGAAGGACUCGGUAUUGCAUUCAUGCCGGAUGAUGCCAAUUUUCACUUCUUCAAGACCGGUGUCAAGCCAAUGUGGGAAGAUCCAAUGUGUGCGAAGGGCGGCAAGAUCAUGGCGAUUGGUACUCUGGCGCAGCUCGAUCUUACCUUUCAGAAGAUCGUGCUACUACUUUCGGGGGAUAUCAUAGGCAACGAGGUCCCCAGUCCACCUGGAUCCUUCGUCGUCGGCGCUGUUCUUUCCAAACGAAAGAUGAAUUCCCGAGUGGAAAUCUGGCUCGGGGGUUCCAAGGCUCCACCUCUCGAAUGGGUUCAAGCGAUGGAUCGCUUCGUCAGGAACGAGGUCCCGGAAGUCAAGUGCUUCCCUUAUCGGUCUUUCAAGCCGCAGGGAUAGUCCAGAUUACGGAAAGGAAUUGGGCAAGUCGCGGGAUGGUUCUGCCUGGUUCGGGAACACAUGAGGGGAGGCGCGCGCUGCUCCAAGACAUAUCAUGGGGAGGGUGGACAGAGCGUUGAUAGCAUUUGCGUGGCACUGUAGCAUAGAGAGAUAGAUACAUAACAGCGUCCAGUCGGACGAAGAACCGCUGAGACCUUCAACACAUGCCAUUUCAUCAUCA